CAACUCCAUUGUACCAGUGUGAACUUUCUCUCUCCUCUAUUACAGUAGUACAACAAUGGCGACUAGGGAAAUCGCACUCUUAGGGUUUCGAUUAACCCAAUUUCCACCUCUUUCUUCCAUAUCCAAUCGAAACCCUAACAGUGCAGUUCCUUUCAAUUCGAUUCUCUCCAUUCGCAGAAACUCGAAUUCUCGCAUUUAUUCAUCAUCUAUUACUAACAAAUCAGAAAAACAAGGAAUUUCUGGUAAAUUUACCGAAGAUGAGAAUCGGCUUGUUGAUGUUCUAAUUGGCAUUCAAGGGCGAGGUCGCGCUGCUUCUCCUCAACAGCUUAAGGAAGUGGAUCGUGCGGUUCAAGUUCUGGAAGAUGUAAAAGGUGUUCCUGAUCCGACGAGCUCUAGUUUGAUUGAAGGUAGAUGGCGACUGAUGUUUACUACAAGGCCAGGAACUGCCUCUCCCAUUCAGAGAACAUUUGUAGGAGUUGAUUUCUUCAGCGUAUUCCAAGAGGUAUAUCUACGAACAAAUGAUCCACGAGUGUCCAAUAUUGUAAAAUUCUCAGAUGCUGUUGGCGAACUAAAAGUAGAGGCUGUAGCAUCUGUUAAGGAUGGAAAGCGAAUUCUUUUCCGGUUUGACAGGGCAGCCUUUUCUUUAAAAUUCCUACCAUUUAAGGUACCUUAUCCGGUGCCAUUUAAACUUCUGGGAGACGAAGCAAAGGGUUGGCUUGAUACAACAUAUUUGUCUGAUUCUGGAAAUAUACGUAUUUCAAGGGGGAAUAAGGGCACCACUUUUGUGCUCCAGAAGGAAAUUGAACCUAGGCAAGAGUUGCUUUCUGCAAUUUCUACUGGAAUUGGAGUGACAGAGGCGAUUGAUAAGUUAAUUUCCACAGCUCGAGAUAAGGAUGGUGAACCUCAGCUUCUAGAGGGGGAAUGGAAGAUGAUCUGGAGUUCUCAGGUGGAGACAGACAGCUGGUUGGAGAAUGCAGCAAAUGGUCUCAUGGGUACACAGAUAAUCAAGAAAGAUGGACAAAUGAAGUAUUCAGUUGAUAUUGCACUUGGCUUCAGAUUCUCCAUGACAGGCUCAUAUCAGAAAACUGAUAAGAAGAUAUAUGAUGUAAAAAUGGAUGAUCCAGCUAUCGUAUUUGGCUCUUUUGGACUCCCAAUUAAUAUGGAAACCCAAUUCAACCUUGAGCUUCUGUAUGCAGAUGACAGGAUCAGAAUCACAAGAGGAUACAAUAAGAUUGUGUUUGUUCACUUGCGAGUGUAGACUUGUCUUAUUAGGCCGAAAUAAGCCACAAUUGCAGGAAGUAUAUAUACGACUAUUAAACAAUAGAAAAGAUAAUGUAAGCGAGAUUCAAUCUUAGGUCAUGAAUAUCUUUAUGUUUAUUGUAGAAUAUUUCUGUCACAACUUGAAGGGUUGAUGCUAAUUGGCUCACCAAAUUUGAAAUGAAAUUAGACUUGUUCAAAAUCAAA